CUUCCCGCUCACCUCCCGGAAAAUGACAGCUUCUUGCGGGCCUCGGAGGGCACCUCGUCGCCGUCCCUUCUCUUCUUGGAGCCACUUCGUUGGGAAUCUUUUGGUGACGCUCGCGCUCCGGUUACCCGCAUCCACCGAUGCCUGCGAUAAGAUACCAAGAUAUAACUCUAUGAAAGCCAAGGGUAAUCCUGUGCCCCCUGUAAGUGCUGGGUUCGCAGCAGAAUAUGAGUGCCGCCCAGGAUACAGGCUUAUUGUUCCUCUUGUUCGUCCCACCACUACUGUGUGUCAGCCUGAUGGCACAUGGGCGCCUCCUCUCCGGGAGGCUUGUACAAGAAAAUCAUGUCCACAGCUAGCAGAGCCCAUAAAUGGCCGCUUAGAUGGAACUUUUCAAUAUGGUGCACAGGCUAACUAUUCUUGUAAUGUGGGCUAUACCUUAGUGGGAGCACCAGUUCUACGUUGUGAACUUGCUAGAGAUGGGAAUAAUGUGGCUUGGAGUGGUGACCCCCCACAGUGUGAAAAGAUUUUGUGUCAACCACCUCAAAAAAUACUCAAUGGAGAAUUCAGCAAUAGCCACAAGGAUACAUUUGAAUAUAAUGAUGUAGUAACUUACAGUUGUAAGCCUUCCGGUGGACCAGAUGAGUAUUCACUUGUUGGGGAGAGCAAACUGAUUUGUUCUGGGCCAAACAAAUGGAGUAGUGACCCCCCUGAGUGUAAGGUGGUCAGAUGUGACUAUCCGUCACUCCCUGAUGGAGAGCUCGUGUCAGGAUUUCAAAAAAAAUAUUACUACAAAGCAGAGGUUGAAUUUAAAUGCAACCAGGGUUAUUCCCUUGAAGGCAGCCGCAAAAUUGUCUGUGAAGCUAAUAGUACCUGGGUACCUGAGAUUCCUCGCUGUGUGUCAAGUAGCCCACGACGUCCCACUCCUAAUAAAACACCGUUUCAAUCAUUAGGUACAGGAGCCAUUGUUUUAGCUGUUGUGAUGUCUUGGGACUCAUUAUCGCCCCCUGGAUGUACUAUCAGAAGAAGAGGAAAGGGUUGCAGAAAAACUGAUGGGGGUUAAACUUGCUGAGAGGGGAAAACAGAAAGCACUGCUGCCUACAGCACAUACCAGAAUAAAUCAAGCACUCCAGCACAGUAGA